GUUUGAUUUGUACUUAAUUUUCAGCAAUAAAUUGCCAGCAUAGGUCAAUUAGAGCAGGUGGCAGAAGCCAGACAGCUGACUGAGCGAUGACGUAAGAGUCCCAACAGCUACCAGGAGCGGCUUGAAUGACGUCAGCGACAAAACAACAAUAAAAUAAACAGCAGCUGGCCGUGCGCGUGAGAAGCGGGGACCGGGCUCGCGUUCGAUUGCGAUGGCUUAUCAGAGUGGAAGUGAAAGCCUGGAUGCUUUAGAGGUGGAGCCGGUGGGUCAAAUCGCAGGCGAGAGUUCCUUCCGAGCACUCAACUCAGGUGGAGAGAUGGCGAAGAAAGAGGAAGAGCAGCUUGAGGCAGACAGAAACACUGCAGGCAUUUAUCCACUGUGUCGUUUAUCUAAACUGAUUAACUGGAAAAGACCAUUAUGGACUUCCGUCUUCUUCGCAACUACAAAUAUUGUCUUUUGGUUUGUGUCCCUCAUUCCCUGUCAAGUAUUCAGCCUUGUCUCCAUGUGUCUGACUGUCUUAGUUGUGAUACAGCUUGUAAGAGAUGUGGCUCUUUCCAGAUCAAGAGGGGCCACUUUAUGGAGGAGAAUGACAAGCAGUUGGGAGGUCAUUGACUCGGUCCAGGAGGGCAAGUCUGGAUCAGUAUCUCCAUUCACAGACUUUUGGACAAGCUUCAGGCUGUUCAUUGAAGAGGCUUCCUCUUUUAAGCAGCAGAAUCCAGGCAAGUUCUGUCUGCUGGUAUGCAGUAUGUGUUCCUUUUUGGCAAUACUUGGACGCUACAUUCCAGGGGUUGUUAUUUCAUACAUCUUAGUGCUGGGCAUUUUUCUUUGGCCUUUGGUGUUGUCACAUGAGUUUGGGAUGUGGUUGGAGCCAGUUCUGCAGAAACUGGACUUUGGUGUGGGCGAGUUUCUUCAGAAGAUAAAGGAGAAUCAUGAGAAGAGGAUACUCCAAUCACAAGCCGACAGAGAGAGCAUUGAAGCAGACCUGUCUGCUCUUUUUCCCAAGCUGGACUCCACAUUGUGCAAGGAGCUGUCUGUAUCAGACACAGAGGUCUCGGAAGUGACAUGGACAGACAAUGGCACCUUUAACCUUUCAGAGGGACACACACCUCAGACGGAGACCUCUGAAGACUCAGACCGGCGAAGUGAUGAGGAAGUCUUCACGUGUGGAUUACCAGAGUUUCCCUCCCUGGACAAUGGCUUGGGGACAAAUGGUGAGGACGAUGAGGAUCUAAGUAUCGGAAUGCCUACCCCUCCAGCCCAUCCCAGCAGGGUCGGGUCCACACAGUCAGAAGAGGAACCUAUAGUCCAGGCCCUGGAGGUUGUGCAGAGGCUGGCUGGAGACAUGAUCACGGCAGCAGUCACAGCAGCCAUGCAGGAACGCCUGGAGGCCACAGUAGCACCGGCGCUGGUCCAGGCACUGACUGAGGACAGUGAAGCAGAGGACUUUGAGCUGUUGGACCAGUCCGAGCUAGAAGAGCUAGAGGGGGAGCUGGGGCUGGACAGGGCGAGCCGUGCAGAUCCGUCAAAACCCAGCAAACCUUCAGGCUUCCUCUCCAAAAUAUUGGGGCACCGCUAGUCUUGCUCAGAGGGCUUCUGCUUCCCUCUGUGAUGGGAUGUGGGUGGGAGGAUAAAUGUCGGGUUUACAGGGAAAAGUCCAGAGUAUGAAGAUAUUCCAUUGUAUUACUUUGCUGUUGUGAUUCAGUCAUUUUGCUAUAAAACUGAAGUCACCUGCGGAGGGAGGAUAAUUGUGUAUUACAGGGGGAGGGUGGAAUAGUGGCUGGUAUUGGCAUAAACUCCAUCUGAGUGGGUCAUUGGAAGACAGGGCCGAGCAAAAUUUUGAAUGUAAGAAUGAAUUAAUUCAGUUAAUGAAUUGGAAUUUGCAUUGAAUUAGUCACAUUCAACAGGAAGUUGAUUUGGAAUUUAUUUGGAAUGACAGGAAAAAGAAUUUACUGAAUUUCAAAGAAAUUCUAGACAGUCACACGAACACAAGUUUUGUGACAAAAAAGCCUUGAUCUUGAUAAGGAUCUUGUUAAAUGUUCUUCCACCAUGGUCCAUAAAAUGACAUUUAAUUAUUAUUAUAAUUCUCUCAUAAUUUUACUCACCCUUAUGCUGUCCCAAACUCAUAUAACUUAUUUUUUUCUGUGGAACAUAAACAAAGAUAUUUUCAUAGAUGUACAUGUGUGUGUAAAUCCAUACAAUACGUGUACAGCUCUCUGCACGUGCGUCAAGUGCAAGGACAGGUAAUCGAGCUUCUCUCAUGAAUGCGCCAGGUAGACUGCUGAAGAAAGUGAUGUGAGUUUGAGGGUGAGUAAAUAAUGAGAAUAAUCAUAUAUACUAUGCAUACAUGUGUAUAUAUACACAGUACACACACACACACAUACACACACAUACACUCACUGAGCACUUUAUUAGGAACACUAUCCCGAUGUGGUCUUCUGCUGUUGUAGCCCAUUCGCCUCAAGAUUCGAUGUUUUGUGCAUUCUGAGAUGCUAUUCUGCUCACUACAAUUGUACAGAGUGGUUAUCUGACUUACUGAAGUCUUUCUGUCAGCUUGAACCAGUCUGGCCAUUCUCUGUUGACCUCUCUCAUCAAUAAGGCAUUUCCAUCCACAGAACUGCCGCUCACUGGAUGUUUUUUGUUUUUGGCACCAUUCGGAGUAAAUUCCAGAGACUGUUGUGCGUGAAAAUCCCAGGAGAUCAGCAGUUACAGAAAUACUCAAACCAGUCCGUCUGGCACCAACAAUCAUUCCAUGGCUGAAAUCACUGAGAUCCCAUUUUUUCCACAUUCUGAUGGUUGAUGUGAACAUUAACUGAAGCUGCUGACCCGUAUCUGCAUGAUUUUAUGCAUUGCUCUGCUGCCACAUGAUUGACAAAUUGAUGAUCGCAUGCAUAAGUAGGUGUACAGGUGUUUCUAAUAAAGUGCUCAGUGAGUGUAUAUAUACAGUAUAUAUACUGUAUAUAUAUAAAUGGUAAAUAAACUAUUUAUUUUGGUGGCAUGUAAAACAUGAAUAUCAGCUAAUGUGAAAUAAUGGAAAUAUAAAAAUCGUAAAAACACGGACCUCCAAAUAUUGUUUAAAUCCAGGUGUACGACCAACAAAUAGGAAUCUAUAAAAACACGCACUGAAGUCGGCACCCUGUUGCUCCAAAUCAAUUUAAUAAGCUCACAAAGAGACAAAUUAAUGUGACAUUUAGUUAGAAAUAUCACAUCCAUUUGUCUCUUGUUGAGCUUAUUAAAUUGAUUUGGGAACAGCAGUGUGCUGACUUUGAUGCGUGUUUAAAUAAUGGAAAUAUCCCAUAUAUUGUGUAUGAUAACAUGUUAAUGGGUAUCUAAUACUGUAAAAGGAAAUGUAGAGUAUAUUAAAAACCACAUUAUCUUUGAAUUUCAUUCCAUUUUAAUUCUACUUCCUUGAAUCUGAAUUAAAAUUACAAUUCUGCAUCCUGUUUGCUACCUCAAUUCAAAUUCUAUUCUAAUUCAGGCGCACAACCCUGUUGGAAGAAAUGAUUUUCACAAUGUUUCCCCUCAUCUUUAUAUAGGACACCAACCUGCCAAUCACCAGAGGGUUAUGGACCAGAGUUAUGACAUUAGUUUAGCCGUUAAAGGGCUGGUAGAUGCAGGAUAUCUUGCUGCCAAAUAAUUUUCUCUAUUCAACUUCUUCAUCUCUCCUUUAAAAAGCUUAAUGGCCAAAGACACAGGGCCUCCCACUAAUUGACAAUCAGCAGGACUUUUACAUUGCUAGCACUUAUUUAGCAAACAGAAACACCAUAUUUAAUUAUUAUGUGGAGAAUAAUAUUUUUUAUUUUAAAUAUUUUGUGUUCUAAGUUUCGUUUUUGUUUUUUUGUAAUCCUUCAUUUUGCAAAGCUGGUGGUCUUAGUGUAAUCCUUUGCAUGAGUAGUCAUGUUUUAGACUGUUUUGAUACUAAUUGCACCUUCUUUUAGAGUGAUACAGCUAGGCACUGGAGCACAUAGGCACCAAACAGAUUGUAUUUCAUAUUGACAUUAAUCAGAUAGUGCUUAUUGUACACAGCUGACCUUAAAAGGAAACUUCACCCCAAAAUUAAAAAUUCUGCCAAUAUUUGUUCCAAACCAGAAUGACUUUCUUUCUUUCGUGAAACACAAGAUGUUACACAGAAUGUUAGCGACUGACAAACUCAGUCACCAUUCUCUUUCAUUUUAUGGGAAAGAGCAGCGUCAACUUUCCUCAAAAUGUAUCCUCUUGUGUUCCUAAGAAGAAAAUACAGUUGAAGUCAGAAGUUUACAUACACCUUAGCCAAAUACAUUUAAAUUCUGUUUUUCACAAGUCCUGACAUUUAAUCGUAGAAAACAUUCCCUGUCUUAGGUCAGUUAGGAUCACUACUUUAUUUUAAGAAUGUGAAAUUUCAGAAUAAUAGUAGAGAGAAUUAUUUCAGCUUUUAUUACUUUCAUCACAUUCCCAGUGGGUCAGAAGUUUGCAUACACUUUGUUAGUAUUUGGUAGCAUUGCCUUUAAAUUGUUUAACUUGGGUUAAAUGUUUUGGGUAGCCUUCCACAAACGUCUCACAAUAAGUUGCUGGAAUUUUGGCCCAUUCCUCCAGACAGAACUGGUGUAACUGAGUCAGGUUGGUUGGCCUCCUUGCUCGCACACACUUUUUCAGUUCUGCCCACAAAUUUUAUCAGAUUGAGGUCAGGGCCACUCCAAUACCUUAACUUUGUUGUCCUUAAGCCAUUUUGCCACAACUUUGGAGUUAUGUUUGUGGUCACUGUCCAUUUGGCAGAACCAUUUGCGACUGAGCUUUAACUUCCUGGCUGGUGUCUUGAGAUGUUGCUUCAAUAUAUCCACAUAAUUUUCCUUCCUCAUGAUGCCAUCUAUUUUGUGAAUUGCACCAGUCCCUCCUGCAGCAAAGCACCCCCACAUCAUGAUGCUGCCAUCCCCAUGCUUCAUGGUUGGGAUGGUGUUCUUUGGCUUGCAAGUGUCACCCUUUUUCCUCCAAACAUAACAAUGGUCAUUAUGGCCAAAAAGUUCAAUUUUUGUUUCAAAGACCAGAGGACAUUUCUCCAAAAAGUAAGAUCUUUUUCACCAUGUGCACUUGCAAACUUUAGUCUGGCUUUUUUAUGGUGGUUUUGGAGCAGUGGUUUCUUCCUAGCUGAGCAGAUUUUCAGGUUAUGUCGAUAUAGGACUUGUUUUACUGUGGAUAUAGAUAUUUGUCUACCUGUUUCCUCCAGCAUCUUCUCAAGGUCCUUUGCUGUUGUUCUGGGAUUGAUUUGCACUUUUCGUACCAAACUAUGUUCAUCUCUUGGAGACAGAAUGCGUCUCCUUCCUGAGCGGUAUGAUGGCUGCGUGGUCCCAUGGUGUUUAUACUUCCGUACUAUUGUUUGUACAGAUGAAUGUGGUACCUUCAUGUAUUUGGAAAUUGCUUCUAAGGAUGAACCAGACUUGUGGAGGUCCACAAUUUUUGUUUCUGAGGUCUUGGCUGAUUUCUUUUGAUUUUCCGUGAUGUCAAGCAAAGAGGCACUGAGUUUGAAGGUAGGCCUUAAAAUACAUCCACAGGUACACCUCCAAUUCAGUACACCUCCUAUCAGAAGCUAAUUGGCUAAUUUCCUAAAGGCUUGACAUCAUUUUCUGGAAUUUUCCAAGCUGCUUAAAGGCACAUUUAACUUAAUGUAUGUAAACUUAUGACCCACUGGAAUUGUGAUAUUGUCAAUUAAAAGUGAAACAAUCUGGCUGUAAACAAUUGUUGGAAAAAUUACUUGUGUCAUGCACAAAGUAGAUGUCCUAAGUGACUUGCCAAAACUAUAGUUUGCUAAUAUGAAAUCUGUGGAGUGGUUAAAAAAUGAGUGUUAAUGACUUCAACCUAAGUGUAUGUAAACAUCUGAUAUGAACUGUAUAUGUUUGGAAUGACAUUAAGGCACAGUAAAUGAUGACAGAAUUUUCAUUUUUAGGUGUACUUACCCUUUAAGAUGAUUAUUAUUAUUUUUAUUUUUUUAAAGAACGUUUAAUGUAAUACAGAAAACAUAUUUAAUCCCUAAGAACAAUGUAGAGGGAGUACAACUGUUAUUAUUUUAGUCAGUAAUAUAAAUCAAAAUCUCUUUGAGACACUUUGUUUGCUACAUCUGAGAAAGAGACAAGACUCUUAUCAAUUAACCCAUUAUUCAUAUUGCCUCUUUUAACAAUGGAAUUAGGUGCAAACAAUAUAAACAAGACGGUUUCUGUUCACAGUAAGGGUACUUGGUGUGUAUCUAAAUUUAGUAUUUCUAGCAAACUUAUAUUUGUAACACUGAACAUUAUGAAUUUUGUUUUGAGAUGUGUAUAACAGUGGCUGAAUGUGGAUUUCUGGAAUCAGAAAUGUUUUUUUUUUUUUUUUUUUUUUUUUUUUGCCACUCAUAAUAAUGAAAAUAUCCAAAAAGUAUUUUAAUCAGUGUCAGUUUGAAUUUUUUUAUUUAAAAAUAUUAUUUAUUCAAAAUAUAUCUCUCCCAUUUCAUUGCUGCCACACACAUAUGAUUGCCUUAUAUGCCUGUGCAAGUUGUCUGUCAGAGCAGAAGUGAAUAAGCAAAAUAUAGUUAAAAGAUAAUCUCAAGAAUGUGAUUAAAACUGUAUGAUUCAA